UCGCCUUGGUAGUCUUUAAUCUACUCUCAUUAGCCUAUGCCGGCAUUCAAUUAUACCAGCACAAGAUACUUGAGGACGAAGGACUUAACCAGGCGUCUUGGACACCCCUACAUCCAGGUGAAUUCGCAAAUCCCGACGACGCAAAACGCUAUUUCGAAAUGCGACUACGACCAUUUGAAUACAUAAUCAUUGGGCUUGUGACCAUAUACUUCAACAUAUUCACAUUCUUGUCAUAUAAAUUAAUGGUGGAAUUCGGUUGGGAGAAUUAUAAAAAGUAUUCCGCUGAUGUGAAAAUACGGAACGCUUACGUGGCAUUAACGAUACUGCAAACACUGAUUAAGAUGGACGUGUUCUUCGUGCUUUCUUAUGCGGUACAAUUGAUCCCCUCUCAACGGAUAGGCUACUCCGAUUCGAUGUUCGAAACAAUACUGAUCUGUGCGCUUGGACCAUUGAUGUUAUUGUUAGCGUGGUGGGCAGUGACAAAAGAACAAAAAUACGGAGUUCUAAUUGUAAUCAAUUUAUUGUGCUUAUGUGAAGGAUACUUGUUAUAUCGUCUGGUGCGAGUAAAUAUGAAACGUGACCCUGACGAUGAUCCCUAUCUGUAUACCCGAAGAUUUUUGACAUUUUUCCUUACAACAACCUUUGUACUGGUCGCGAUUACAAUAGUGUACGCAAUCAUUUGCUUCAGAAAUAUGAUAAGGGGAACUUAUGUAUUGACUGUAUUUGGUGAUGAGGAUGUUAGCAUGCCCCCAGGAGAUGCUUUCACUUUGUUUGGCGGAGUGCCACUAUCACCAGAUCUUCCAACUAGUCCAACUAGUCCAAAAAAAUCGAAUAGGAUGAGUCAGAUCGAGCAAAAUCGGGUGUCAAAGUUGAGCUCUGCGAGAAUUGUGUUGGAUUAA